AUGUCAACACCAGCCACAGCACCUUUCCUUUAUCCUAGCGCCAAUGAGGCCGCAUUGGAAUUACAGUACGUCGGGGAGAGACUUCAAAACGUACAGGCACCAGCAGCCGUGCUUGAUCUGGCUGUGAUCAGACGCAAUUGUCGGCUUAUGCUUGAGGCGGUAGAUGCUUUGGGAGUUGAUUUUCGAGCUCAUGUCAAGACACACAAGACGACGCAGCUGACGAAGCUUCAAGUUGGUGAUGCUCCUCGGCCCGUGAAAUUGGUGGCUUCCACGGUAUCAGAGAUCGAGCAUCUAUUGCCAUGGCUGCUCGAGUGCAAAGUACAGGGUCGUGAGGUGACUGUUCUCUACGGUCUUCCACUGACACCUUCGGCCAUACCCAGACUAUCAGCCGUAGCUCGAUUGCUAGGGGACGACUGUCUAGGCCUGUUUGUAGACCAUCCGGGCCAGAUUAAAUUCAUCGAGGAGAGUCACGCCUCCUGGCCUGGCAAGGUGCCCAUCUGGCCACAAAUCGACGUCGGCUACCAUCGUGAAGGUGUCGGCGCACACUCCAAACAGCUCGCUGAUGUAGCCUAUGCGCUCGUCGCUUCAGAACACACUCGUCUUGCCGGCUUGUAUACUCAUAUGGGUCAUUCUUACAGUGUCAGUAGUCCAGAAGAAGCUCUAGACUUCAUGUCCCAGGAGUUAGUCGGGCUGGAAGAAGGCGCUAUCGAGUUCUUGAAGAUCGCAGGCGCGCACGAGACGAAGAGUUCAAACGCGCAGAAAGUCGUGCUUUCUAUCGGCGCCACGCCAACAGCUACAUCAGUACAGAACCUGCUAGAGGGUAACGAGGGAGCGGCGAAGUAUCGAACGAUGAUUGAGAAGAUCAACAAGUCUUUUGCGGUAGAGGUGCAUGCUGGCGUCUAUCCGGUCAUGGACAUGCAACAACUUGCCACUCGAGCUCGACCCACCCAAUCGGCCAACAAUCCCACAAAGAGCCUACUAAGCUACUCCGACCUCGGGCUUCGCAUGCUUGUCGAGGUAGCAAGCAUAUACCCAGGCCGUGGCGAGAAGCCAGAAGCACUGGUAGCAGCUGGUUCCAUCGUCUUCGGCCGUGACCCGUGUAAAAGCUACCCAGGCUGGGGCGUAGUUUCACCGUGGCCACAACAGCAUGGGCAGCAUUACGAUCCCGAAGGCUCAAAAACAGGGUGGAUUGUCGGUCGCAUUGCUCAGGAGCAUGGGAUUUUGACCUGGGAAGGUUCUACAGAACAUGUACGACAGCUGGAGCUGGGGGAGAAGUUGCUGGUGUGGCCGAAUCAUGCAUGUAUAGCAAGUGCUAAUUUCGGUUGGUAUUUGGUGGUCGAUACUGAUACUUCCGAGCCGGAGAGGGUUAUCGAUAUCUGGGUUCGGUGGCGUGGUUGGUGA